UACGCAAACAAAAGAAGACAAGAUGGCGACGGAGCGAGAGAAAGAGGCCGCUGCUUAUUUGGAGAAACACAAAGUCUUCGAUCUCAUGAAAAACUUGACAAGCAUGCUCUUCUUUUACAGACCCGAGGACCCCAAAGAGUUUCUCAUUGAGAAACUGGAACAGCUCAAAGAAUCCCGAGACAGUGCCGGUGCAAAAGCGCCAAGUCUGCUCAGCCAUGCUAACCUGGUCGCAGCCUUUGGGAUCGUGGACCCGGCUAAUGACAAACAUGUCACUUUUGCACAAUACAAGCAGGCGCUCAUCUCCUUGGGCAUGAAAGACAUCAAUGAGUGUCCCGAAGGCGCAGACGAAGACAAAAUAUCCUACGAUACUUUUAUCGACGAAGGGAUGCAGAGCCUGGAGAGAUGCUCAGCAACGUAUGAACCACGUUAAACGAUUCAGUGCACUGUUUCUUGACCUGCGAGCGCCCCCUAGAGGCCCACCAAAAAAUAUCUGUUUCCAAGCUGUGGUCUGCCCAGGCCGUAGCGGCGCUCGAUUGUAAUACACUUUUCCACCACUCGGGGCAGUAAUGAAAAUACCAAGACAACAAAAGAAGUCUGGAGCUAAAAUUAAGCGCAAAAAUUAUGACUUAAGUGGUGAAGCUGUGUUUUAUUCGCUUUGUUUAGUUAAAACAUAUUCAUUAUUAAUUUAGUUUAUUUAGUUUAUUUUUUGUCAAUUAUUAUUAUUUAGAAUCUCUUGCAGUAUUUUUCUAAUCAGCCUGACCAAAGUCUAAAGUUUUUGUGUUAAAUAGAUAUUACUCUUUGUGAUCAACACACAUUUCAUAUCAUCUGACAAGGUAAGUUAGAUAUAAUUAAAAUCAAGAGUAAGAUUAUUAAAUCAGUGUCAAUAUUUGAAUGGGCCCCUCUAGUGGAAAAGUUGGGCCCGAUGUCAACGUUAAACGAUUCAGUGCACUGUUUCUUCACCGUCAGCUCCCCCUGGAGGCCCACCAAAAAAUAUGUUUCUAGGCCGUAGCUGCGCUCAAUUGUUUUGCACUUUUCCACCACAUGUGGCAGUAAUGACAAUACCAAACAAACAAAAGAAGUCUGGAGCUAAAAUUAAGCGCAAAAAUGAUGACUUAAGUGGUGAAGCUGUGUUUUAUUCGCUUUGUUUAGUUAAAAUAUAUUCAUUAUUAAUCUAGUUUAUUUAUUUUAUUUUUUGUCAGUUAUUAUUAUUUUCAAUCCCUUGCAGUAUAUUUGUUUCAUACUUAUUUUUCUAAUCAGACUGAUCAAAUCCUAAAGUUUUUGUGUUUAAUAGAUAAUACUCUUUGUGAUCAAUGCACAUUGCAUAUCAUCUGACAAGGUUGUAAACUGCAAGUAAGUUAGAUAUAAUUAAAUACUAGAGUAAGAUUGUUAAAUCAGUGUCCCCUCUGUAGUGGAAAAGUUGGGCCCCGAUGUCAAAAACCCUGAUUUAGUGCACAGUGAAGUGUUUCUAUGCAUGUGCAUGUUCCCAAAGUAUACAUUUUAAUAUGUGCUGUGCAUUGUAAAUAAAUAUUAGUACAUUUUUGUUGUGUAGAAAAGUAUGUAAACAAGUGUAUUUUGUGUGUAUUUACAAUCCGCAUAUUUUUUGUUGUGUUAGUUCUUGUGUGCAGUUCUUAUAGUAUUUUUCAUUGUAAUAAAAUCUGUGAGUUUUACCUAUUUACGUACUGCUAUUUACUACAUUGAAUGUAUUUGUUUUUAUGUAUAGUUUUUACCUUUUUGUGAUUAUUUACAGCAGACGUGUCCACGUGCAGCAAGUAACUACAUUUUUAAUGGCCUUUGGCACAUUUUAAAAAUACUAUUACACAAAAACAACAUUAAAAACAGUGAAAUUGAACCGCAA